UGUGAUGCGCGUUAUGUGAAAAGUAGCGGAAGUAAAGGGGAAAACGCACAGCUAAGCAGGCGAAGCACUGCUCGGAGCUUCUGUGCAUCACUACAGGCACGAAGUGUUGACAAUGUGGUUGGUAAAUUGUGUGUGUCUUGCUGCUGUGUGGAGACUGUGUGAGUCAGUGGACAGGGGCAUGCUUUUCCCUCAGGAGUCUCUGUCGCGGGAGGUGAAGGAGCUGAACGGGCUGUGGACAUUCAGAGCUGAUUUCUCUCCCAACAGGAACCAGGGUUUCGACCAGAUGUGGUUUAAACGACCGUUAGCAGAGACCGGUCCUGUCAUUGACAUGCCAGUACCCUCCAGCUUUAAUGAUAUAACUCAGAACCCUAAACUGAGAGAUUUCAUCGGCUGGGUGUGGUACGAGAAGGAGGCGUGGAUCCCUCAGCGCUGGCUUCAGAACAAGGACACAAGGAUUAUGCUCAGAGUUGGAAGUGCUCACUACUAUGCAGUGGUUUGGGUGAACGGGUUCCAGGUGAUGGAGCAUGAGGGCGGCCAUCUUCCCUUUGAAGCGAAUAUUAGUGAUGUGCUCCGGAUGGAUACAAGUAUGCCAUGUCGUAUCACCAUCGCUGUUAAUAACACCCUGAACCUGCACACUCUUCCACCGGGAACCAUCCAGUACAUGAACGAUCCUACCAAAUAUCCUGCAGGUUACUUUGUUCAGGAGACCAACUUUGAUUUCUUUAACUAUGCGGGAAUACAUCGCUCUGUGUUACUGUACACAACUCCGAAGACAUACAUCGAUGACAUCACUGUGACUACUUCCUUCUCAGACAGUACUGGGUUUGUGAAUUACAAUGUAACACCAGGGGACAGUGCCAAGUCCUCCGUAAAGGUCACUCUUACGGAUAAAGAAGGUCGGUGUGUGGCCACUUCUGAUGGAGCCCUUGGUGUUCUCAAAGUGCCUGAAGUCAACCUGUGGUGGCCUUAUCUGAUGCACCAGAACCCAGGGUACCUGUACUCCAUGGAGGUUAAGCUCACAGCGGAGAGCGGUGAUGUAGAUUACUAUACACUGCCGGUGGGUAUUCGCACCGUCAACGUCACCAGUACACAGUUCCUCAUCAACAGCAAGCCCUUCUACUUCCACGGAGUCAAUAAACACGAGGACGCAGAUAUUCGAGGAAAGGGCUUUGACUGGCCUCUCAUCGUGAAAGAUUUCAACCUGAUGAAGUGGAUGGGCGCAAACUCGUUCCGCACUAGUCACUACCCGUAUGCUGAGGAGAUCCUGCAGAUGGCUGACCGCCAUGGCAUCGUGGUUAUAGACGAGUGCCCCGGAGUGGGCAUCAAAGACAAAGUCAGCUUUGAUAAUACUUCACUGGCCCAUCACCUUGUCGUCAUGAAGGAGCUGGUGGGGCGGGAUAAGAAUCAUCCCUCUGUGGUCAUGUGGUCUGUAGCCAAUGAGCCGGCAGCUGAGUUGCCUCCAGCAGGCUUCUAUUUCAAACAACUGAUAACGUACACAAAAUCUUUGGAUCCAACGCGUCCGGUGACCUUCAUCACAAACAGUAACUAUGCCAAAGACCAAGGAGCUCCCUACGUAGAUGUGAUCUGUGUGAACAGCUACUUCUCCUGGUACCAUGACUCUGGGCAUCUGGAGGUCAUCUCCAUCCAGCUCCACACUCAGUUUGACAACUGGUAUAGAAAAUACAAGAAACCCAUCAUACAGAGCGAGUACGGGGCAGACGCUGUAGCAGGCCUACACACUGAUCCCCCAACUAUGUUUACUGAGGAGUACCAGAAAACAGUCCUGCAGGACUACCACAAAGUGUUUGAUCAGAAGAGGAAGGAGUUUGUUGUGGGAGAGCUCAUCUGGAACUUUGCUGACUUCUUGACAGCUCAGGGCAUCACUCGUGUGGUUGGCAACAAGAAGGGAAUGUUCACUCGGCAGCGGCAACCCAAAGCAGGCGCUUUCCUUCUGAAAGAUCGCUACUGGAGGAUCGCCAAUGAGACAGGUGUCCUGCCUACAUGGGCCAGAUACCCCUGCCUGUGAAACCUCCACCCUGGCUGCCAUGCUGUGUGUGUGUGUGUGUGUGUGUGUGUGUGUGAGAGAGAGAGAGAGAGAGAGAGAGAGAGAGAG